AUGCCAGAUUCAUCUAACGAUCACGGACACGAGUAUCCAUUUGACAUUCACGAAUGCAAUAAAGAUGGAUUCAGAUUCAUUCUUCGCUGCAAUGGAUACGAUGAAAGUAUCAUGCUUACAGAUAUGAAAAAAUUCGCUGAAGUCUUAAGCACUAAACCGAGAGAAGUCGUAGGCUUCUACGUAACACCAUUCGAAGUUCCGAAAGAAGUUAAAGAUUUCGUACAAAAUCAUGAACGAACCAUUUUCAUGAGCAACGAGAAAGAAAUGCUCAGUAAAGUUGAAGAACAAAUGGAAAUCUCUAAAGAAAAGAUGCGUGAAAAAGCAGAAAAACAACUUGAAGAAAUGGGUUGUAAAGAUCUCAAAAUCGUUAAUCUAAAAUUCUUAUAA